AUGUCUGCUUCACUUCCUGGCAACCGGGAUCUCCCCGCGUCGCGGUAUGAUCUGAGUACUUACUGGGGCCGCGUGCGCCAUGCCGCAGACCUCUCCGAUCCGAGGAUGAUGUUUGUAUCCUCCUCUGGUCUGGAGCAAGCGAAGCGCCUCGUCUCGUCCUACAAGCAGAACCACAUCCCUGCCAUGACACAUGAGUUAUGGCACGCGAAGAAGGUGGUGGAUUCGACACUGCACCCAGACACGGGCGAGUCGGUCUUCCUUCCCUUUCGCAUGUCGUCCUACGUCCUCUCGAAUCUGGUGGUGACGGCGGGCAUGCUCACGCCCGGAUUACAGACCACCGGCACACUCCUGUGGCAGAUCGCCAACCAGUCGCUUAAUGUGGCGAUCAACAACGCCAACGCGAACAAGUCCACCCCGCUGUCCGUCUCGCAGAUUGCCAAGUCCUACCUGAUGGCUGUAUCGGCGUCGUGUUCAGUGGCGCUUGGUCUCAACGCGCUGGUCCCCCGGCUGAAGAACGUGUCGCCGAACACCAGACUCAUCCUGGGUCGGCUGGUUCCCUUCGCCGCGGUCUCCAGCGCCAGCGCGCUGAACGUGUUCCUGAUGCGCGGCCAGGAGAUCCGCCAGGGCAUCGACGUCUACCCUGUGCUAUCGGAGGAGGAGAAGAAGAAGCGCGAGGAGACGGGCGAGCCCGUGCAGAGCCUCGGCAAGAGCAAGAAGGCGGCCACCAUCGCCGUCGGCGAGACGGCCAUCAGCCGCGUGCUGAACGCAACCCCAAUCAUGGUCGUGCCGCCGCUGGUCCUCGUGCGGCUGGAGAAGACGGCCUGGCUCCGUGCCCGUCCGCGCAUGAUCACCCCGAUCAACCUGGGUCUGAUCCUGGCGACGUCGCUGUUCGCCCUCCCGCUGGCGCUGGGCGCGUUCCCGCAGCGACAGGCGAUCAGCGCUCAGUCCCUGGAGGAGGAGUUCUGGGGCCGCGGAGGCAAGGACGGACAGGUGGAGUUCAACCGGGGGAUGUAA